ACAGGAAGAGAGGAACACAUGGAAGAUCAGCUGCGACAGCUAAUCCUGUUUGAGGAUCAGCGAGGUAAUCAGUCAAAUCCCCAUAAGAGCAGUUAGUGACAAAGCAGCGGUGUAUACAGGUACACAAACUGAAGUACUGGGAGCAAUGCAACGAGCGGACUUUACAACUUUUACAAAUGAUACCAUCGGGUGAUCGUGUCUACAAGAGAUAAAUAGUUGCAGUGCCUGGGAAACACCACCUCAUAACACCGCAGUCAACACCAGCACCAGACAACUCUUGAAAUGGAUUCCCUCAUGUCGCUGGGCGCGCCCCUGAAGCAGUUCACCAGCUGUGUGUCAGGGAAAAAUGCCCCCACCAAGAGAGGGGCCGAGAGGAGCCAGUCUGUCCGCAGAAACAGCUUCACCCGCAGAAAGAGCGUCAGUAGGAGGAGAAGCCUUCCCUGCAGCAGCCAGAAAGUCCCGGACUCCUGGCUCAGAAUGUACCAAGAUGAACUGAAGAGAGAAAGGAAGCGACAGCAGGCCAUACUGGCCAAGAAGAACGCAGAGAGGACGGUCAGAAAAACUCACUUCAGGAGCCACCACUGCCUAAAGAGGCAGAAAACUGCUGCCAGGAAACCAGCCCCAGCAAAGGACGAUUCCUUCUUCGGUGCCUUCCAAGGCCUCAGUCUGGACGGACUGAUGGGAGGUAGUAAUGGAUCUGCUGGUGCUGGUUCUGGAGAUCAGUGCAAAGUCAUGUGACACCAAACAUUUAAGGACAAUGAGACUGUUUAAAUGAUCCUCAUACUCAAGAGACGUGAAUGACAAAGGGCUCGUGGAGGAAAGGUGACUUGAGAUGAAAAUGAAACUGAGCCUCACUUCUUUAUAACCCAAAAAAAGGGGGCAACAUAAACUUAUUUGGAUUACACUCAAUUUGUUUAGAUGUUUUCUUUUUAGAAAAGUUAAUAUUGCUUGUACAUGAUGGUUGUUUUGCAAAUUGUACUCCCAAUUUUGCGUUGCUACCUGUCUGCUAGAUGAGCUGAAUUGUUUUUGUGAAAUAUAAAGGUUAUAAUACUGAGAUCUUUA